AUGGGCGUACCCAACGUCGCUGCUGCGAGACACCCGGGGAGCCAAGCAACACCUUGGGCCAGCGGCAAAACUUGCCAGCGAGAUGGCCCCAUCCACGCUAUUAGCCAUUCAGAAGCCGAAGCCAGCACCAAGUCUAGGCUACAACAGCAGCUCGGCUUGGACACACUUUGCCACCCAGUCAACACGAACCAACCCAACCUCAACCUUACCCAACCCAACCUUACCGCCGUUCACAGAUACACAAUUUCCAUGGACAAGCAACGGGGCGAGCGGAGGCGGCAUAGGAACGCUUAUCGGACACUAUCCGUGUUAGAUGGUUCGUUCCGACGUCACAUGCCAGAAGACAUCUUCUCAGAACGGAAGCUGGUCGCGAGGAGAAAUCCACUGUUUGCUUCGGCAUCUCUAUGUUUCGAUAUCCAGAUCUGCGACCGGUUCAUCAUUCUCCCUCGCGAGGAAUUCUGA